AUGUCAGCCGCAAUACCUUCUGUCGCCUGCCUCGGCGUCAUCGGGCGCAAUAACAACCCCCUACACAUCUCCAUCUUCCCUUCCUACGAUCCAACCGCCAACGCCUUCACGCCGAUCCGGAACCCCCUGCAGUUCUCCCUCCUGCUGUCCUCGACAAUCGACGUCUUCGACUUGCGAUCCAAAACCAGCACUGCGUCGGGCGACUUUGGGCUCCUGCACGCCAUCGACGACCGCCUCGCGGCGUAUGGUUUCGAGACCAACACGGGCGUGCGGAUGGUCUGCAUAGUGGACAUGCGCGGACGACGCGUCGAGGCGGGAGCUUCCUCGACUUCGGCCUCGGCGACGGCGGCGCGAUCGUCUGUGGGGAGCGUGGGCGCGGGAUUGCGGGAUUCGGAGAUCAAGCCUGUGUUUAGGGCGAUGCAGAGCGCGUAUGUGCGGCUGCUGCAGAACCCGUUUUACGAUCCGGACGAGCAUGCGCCGCUGGGGGGGAAGGGUGGGCGGAGGAUCACGAGCAAGAAGUUUGGGGAUGACAUGAAGAGGAUAGGGGAGGCGUGGACGCCAGGAGUGACGACUCUGUGA